AUGCACGCAAUCAACAAGAUGUUGAUGCACCGGUUUGCGCGCCAUGGCCUCUUAACGGCGGUCUUUUUCAUGCUCUUGAUCACAGUGUGGUCAUUGAACUUGGAUUUUCUGAUAACAAAUAGACGCAAGUCCGCGCAACAGAGGUAUCUUGAGGAAGAAAGGGGUUAUCCUAGGUUAGCCGUCCCUCCGACUCCCGACAACCGUACCAUCCUCGAAGAUCCUCGUUUCGAAGGAGAGCAAGGCAGCAAGAUCCCCAGGAUAUACCGACCGUACCCAGACUAUAGCAGUCAAGAAUGGCAGAACACGCAUCGGGGCCUGUUUGUCCCAUGCCAGGGCCCGCGUGGGAAGCUCCUGAAUGAGAGUUUGGAUGAUCAGGUCGGUGUUUACGUUGGCGUUCCCGACGAGUUCCCAUCCCCUAUGUUUGGUAGCCAUGAGGCUGUCGAAUUUAACGGUCAGGUUUCCUUUGACCGCUACACCAGAUAUGGUGCUUAUGGCUUAGGAGAGGACGAAAGUCUUGUCUCUAACUGGGUCAAGCCAUCCAAGGUCAAGUGGAAUGAAGUGGAUUGGUCAGACCUGCAACACCAGUGCUAUGAUCGCAAUGCCGCCAGAUUCUCUCGGAAGAAUGACGGUCUCUCCAAAGGAAAACAGCAUAUCGCGCCUGAGUCUCGAAGUGCUGUCCUAAUUCGCACCUACGUCGGAAAGAAGUACACCGAGAAUGAUCUUCAGGUCAUCCGCUCGAUGAUCACUGAGCUGUCACUACAAUCAGGAGGGGAAUACACUGUAUUCUUGCUCCUUCAUGUUAAGAACUCGGAACUCCCUAUUGACCAGGUUGAAGUACACCAGAGGGUCCUGAAAGAUAAUGUCCCUGAAGAAUUCUGGAACAUGACCAUUCUCUGGAAUGUGCCAAUGGUUGCGGCCCGGUAUCCAAAUCUCGAUCACAAUGUCAUUGAUGUCCAUCAUGCGCAGUGGCUCUCCAUUCAACAUUUUGCCCUGCAAUAUCCCGACUUCGACUUUGUGUGGAACUGGGAGGUCGAUGCUCGGUUUACGGGCCAUCACUAUGAAUUCGCCAACAAGGUAGCCGAGUUUGCUCGGAAGCAACCACGGCGGGGGAUGUGGGAGCGCAAUGCUCGCUUUUAUAUCCCGGCAGUCCAUGGUGACUAUGAUAGUGCUUUCCGAAAGUUUGUGGAGCGGAUCGAAGGCGAAGCGGUCUGGGGCCCUUUACCCAUCGGUCCCAUGCCCGUGAAGGACAGGGAGGUCCUUGGUCCUUCGCCGCCGGUGCCCUCACCGCGCCAGGACUCCUAUGCUUGGGGAGUUGGCGAGGAAGCUGAUUACAUUGGCUUUCUUCCAAUAUUCCACCCCAUCGGUACCGAGUGGGUCAUCCGAAAUGAAGUAUCAGGGUAUAUAGGACCUGAGACUCCCCGUCGAGCCUCGUUGAUUACACAUUCCCGGCUUUCGAGGAGAUUGUUGCUCGCCAUGGACGCGGAGAACCUCGCUGGUCGGCAUAUGGGCUCGGAGAUGUUCCCAGUCACCGCCGCACUGCAUCAUGGCCUCAAAGCGCUUACCGCUCCGCACCCGAUCUACUCGGACAAGAACUUGCCUCCGGAAAGCGUGGAUAAAUGGUUCAACUCCGGAGUCAAUGGGAGAGCGGGAAGCACGAAGAACAGCCCCUUUUCCUGGGGCCGGGAAUCCCGCUUCAAGGACGUCUCGUGGUACUAUCGCGCCAAUCUGCCUGGACGGCUGUAUUGGAACUUUCUGGGAUGGAGGAAGGAGGGGACUGGAGGGAAGCUGUAUGAGACCUUACAUGGACGGGUCUGUCUUCCAUCGAUGCUUUUCCAUCCUAUCAAGGACGUUCGACCGGACGCGGAUAGCACACACUAUCAGUUUGAUUACGAGUUGGGAUACGUUACCAUUCAGUGA